UCCUUUCUCGCCUUCUACCUCUUCUCUCGUCGCCACUCUGCCUCCUCUUCUUCGUCCCUUUUCUCCCUCCCCAUUCCAACCGGCGGCGAUUUCAGCCGGAUCUGAAGACACCAGCGUACACCAGUUGCUCUGAUCCGCUGGAAACCAACCCAUUAAGCUCUCUACGCACUCCGUCACGGGAAGGAGUGAUGCAAUAUGUUGCAGCGGGUUGAUGUGUGAGAGAUGAGUCUCAAUCAGCGUUUUAGAAUGCCCCUGCUCAGCCACUAUAGGUAGUGAUUGGCAUUCAUUUCAAUUAUCCGGGAGUGCCCAUUACUAUAUGGCUUCAAAUAUCCUGUCAGGAGAUCGAAGGGUUGAUAGGAGGGCAACCACCUAAUUGAGUUAUAUGGCCCUCACUCUGAAAAUUCAUGAGCCUCUAGUCUCUGGGAAAGAUUUGGGGAGAGAGAGAAGGGUAGUAGACAAAACUGUUGGCCAUAACAUCUUUGUGUAUUAGUUGACUACACAUAUUGAAAUCUUGCAUUUAAAGUCUUGCUUGAAAUUUUGGCAUGAUGGGCUUCUGGACGAAAGUCAGGCAUGACUAUUUUAGGCAAAGUGCCAAAACCCAUCAAUUUACCUAGUCAAAGGUCGGAGAACAAUGGCCUCGACCCAAAUGUGGAGAUUGUUCCAAAGGGCACCCUUUCUUGGGGAAGCCGAUCAUCUUCAUCAACCUCAAAUGUGUGGAGUUCAUCGACUCUACUAUCACCUAAAACUGAUGGAGGUACUGGUUCACCCAGUCAUUAUAAUAGCCGCCCAUCAUCUGGUGGAAGUGGAACGAGGCCAUCGACAGCGGGCAGUGAUAAAUCCCUAGACUCCCAAAAUGCAUGGGGUUCAAAUUCUCACCCAUCAACUGCAUCUGGACUAUCACCCUCACACCAGGCACCAGUGCUUGCAUCUCGUCCCAGGAGUGCAGAAACAAGGCCAAUUAUUGCAGCUCGCCCUCGAAGUGCAGAAACAAGGCCAGGUAGCUCCCAGUUGUCUCGAUUUGCAGAAAAUGUACCAGAACCUGCAGUUGCAUGGGGAUCUACAAAAACUGCUGACAAGUUGGGAAUUGCAUCAUCAAUAAAUCACGAAUUUUCCUUAAGUUCUGGAGACUUUCCAACUCUAGGCUCCGAGAAAGGAAAUGAAAUGCAUGGUCAGCAAGCAGGUCAAACAUUCCAAGAACAUACUGAUGCGUCUUCUGGUCCUCUGAGAUCCAAUGAAAGCCUGAAAUCCCCUCGUGGAGAAGAUGCCUGCAUGGAUCAAGAGGAUGCCAGUGCUCCUAGAACUGGGAGAGAGACUUCUUAUGGAGUUGCUGCCUCACAUAACCAAGAAUUGCAUAAUAAUUCUCAGCAGGCACAGCCACUUAAAAGCGCCAAAUUGACACCUACUCAGUUCGAUUCUUGGCAUGGUCCUGGAAUUCAUGCUCCUGACAAAGUUUUGUACAGAGGGGCAUUAGUUGGUCCUUAUGGACUGGCAGGGCCUCCUGGUGGUUUUCCUGUUGAAUCUUGUGUGUGCUAUCCUCAUCCAUUGCCAUCCAACUCAGAGGCUGUUCCAAGGCCAGGUGCCGGGUCUGUUCAGUACCAAUCUUCAUCUGGAGAUGUGUAUCGGCCUCAAGUGCUGCCUAAUUCAUACAUGUUUUCUAGUCACCCUGUUAUUCCGGCCAUACCUGGGCCCUAUCCUACACCUGUCCCGUAUGAUGGAUGUUAUAGCUAUCAUCAAGCAAGUUUUUGCACUUCUGGUGAACAACAAAUGCCUUCAACAAGAGUGGCUACUCAACCAAGUUUCUUCAAAAAUCCUAAAUCCAAUAGCAGCAUAACCUCAGAUGAGUAUCGAAAUAAUCUUGGUAGAGAUUUCACAAAAAGGACGGAGGUACAAGUACUAUCUAAUAGAGCUCGUGCUCCUUUUCAAGGGCCUUAUAAGGUUUUGCUAAAACAACAAGGUGACAUAGCAAAUAAUGCUCCACAAGUGAAAGUGCACAGUGGAACUCUAUCACCUAAUACGACACAAUGCCAUGUUGAAAAACCUAAAGAAUCCAUAUCUAAGGAGAGUGAGCUGUCUCCAGGUUGCCAAAAGAAUGACAUCGUCAAUGAUAUGAAUCUGGAAAUUGAUCACCAAGCAUCACUGAAAGUAGCUGUUGAUGGUAUGGGUCAGCCUUCAAAUCCUGUUAUCUCUGGUUUGGGAGAAAAUUCCCGUAGAACAUCUGAAGGAAUACUGAAGAGAGAACCAACUGUUGCAAUUCGAGGGAUUCAUGAUUGGAAGCAUAAUACUGCUUCAAGAACGAAUACUUCACUGAUUGGAAAAAUAGAAGACUUAAAUAACAAAGUUAGAAGUGCUGAAAACCAUAGCAUAAUUGGAGAAUUGCUAUCUAAACAAGAGAGAUUAAAACAACCAAAAGUUGCCAAUGCAAGGUCUGAACAUUCUGUCAAAGCUAGAAGUACUUCUAUCCCAGUUUCUUUGGACAUGCAUGCCACCGAUUCAACAGUUGUAUCUAGGCAGUCAGACUCUGAUCUCAUUCCAAUUGAAGCAGGUUCCCAUGUUUCAAAAGGAACCCACUCCACUCCAGGUAGGGGUGAGUAUCAUUCUAACUCAAUGUUAGAUUAUCAAACCGAUGGUGGUCGAACAAGAGAAUUAUCUGAAAAAGACCCUUCUGUUGUUCUGACGGAAAAAAACACCACAGAAGAUGCCUAUUCAGAUUUACUUGAUCACAAAAACCAGCGUGCUAAAACGAAAGAGUUGGCUGGACAACGUGCAAAGCAGUUACAGAGAGAAGAGGAGAGGAUGAGGGAUCAAAAAGCAAAAUCUCUUGCAAAGUUGGAAGAACUGAACAGACACUCAGCAACGAGCACAAAACCUAAGUCAAAUGAGGCAUCAUCCUCUGGCCAUAUUCUGCAUCAGCCAGAAGAUGCUGGAGUAGAUGCAGCCUCAAAUGUUACCCUCUUUACAGCUGAUAUACCACUACAGGCAAAUAACGACGAGUAUAACAAUGUUGGACCAGUAGUUUCUUUGCCUCCCAAUUCUGUUUCUCAUACUCCAGAAACAGUUGCCCAAGAUUCAUCCGCUAUUAUGCCUACUCUUUCAAUGGAGCAUCAUACGAAUACUACAGCAGUUGCAGCGCAAGACACUUCACAGUCUAAUGCUUCCAGUGGUUCCAAGCAUAGACAGAUGGGACACCGAAGAAGGCAGAAAUUUUCAAUGGAGAAAAACACAGGCGAGAAGUCAAUGAGGGAUGAUGCAGGAUCAAAACAUCUUGAUGAGGCUUUAUAUCAGAAUAGAUCAAAUGAGAAGCAAUUUACCGGUGAAAAGAAAGAGAGCCCACAAAAGUUUGUUGAAGUCAAUGCACCUGCAUCAAGUGUUGAUAUGUUGCCCCAUAAUGGAGAUUCUUCUCUGCACCAGAAGAAGAAAAAUAAUAGAAACUGGAGGAAUAAAAACAGGGAUGAUACUUUAUUUGGCUCUAGCUUAACAACACAUUCAAAUGUAAAGAUUGAAGAAUACCCAAGUCAAAGUCCUAAGACUAUUCCUGCACCACCAGAUAUGGAAACUUCACCAGUUCCUGCCAUAAUUUCUGCUGACCAUAGUAGCGGUCAGGAGUCUGGGGAUGGCAUAGUAAACUCCCAAGGGUCUUCUAAAGUUGAUGACGAAAUUCAAGGUAGGAUGAGCAGCCAUUGGAGACCCCAUCCAUUUCGAAAGACAGCAAGAAACUAUCAGUCCGUUAGGCCUACUGACAAGGUUCAUGGAAGUGAGACUGUCAUCAGGGCACCUGUAAGGCCUGCAAAUAAGAUUGAACAAUCUGAGGAAAUCAAGCAGAAUAGUACAAUGGGAAAUAACUCUGAUUCUUCGCAACAGAUUGGACAUGAUAUCAGUGGUACAAAAACAAAGAGGGCUGAGAUGGAGAGAUAUGUCCCUAAACCUGUUGCCAAAGAACACUUGCAGCAAGAAAAUAAUCAAAAGUCUUCAACCCAUGACAAUCAAAUGGCUUUUGAUGACAUGCAUGAGAAACCUCAUUUGGAUUCCAAAGUUGUCGGGUUGUGUAAAAUUGAUGGCUCAUCUGAUUUUGGGGUUGAAACAAAGAAGGCAGAGGAAAAUAGGCCUGGCAGGCGUGGUAGGGUUCACGCCUCUUGGCGUCAAAGGAGUUCAGCCGAUUCUGCUCUUCCUUCACAGACUCCAAAUGAAAAUGUGCAACCCCCUGAUGGGACCAAAAUUUUCAACAAACCUUCCAAUCAGCAUCUACCAUUACCAGAACAGGUAAAAUCUGAUGACAGGGAGAAUUACGACAAAUUCAUGCAGAAAAAUUCAGACGUGGUUUCUGCCCUGACCAAAGAUCAGGGGAUGAGAAGCAAGCAAAAACAUCAUCAAACUCACAGAGUUACAGGAAGCAAUUAUGGGAUUUCCGAGGAUCAAAAUUUCAAGAAUGAAACAAAUGAUAAAAAUGGUGACAGUCAUCUCAAUUUAGAUACAAGUGAAAAUGAUGUGAAAAAUUGCAUAAAUGAUCCCCGUAAGCAUGCUGUUGGUGAACAUGUUAAGUCUCACUCUCGCUGGAAACCCAAGUCUCAAAUUUCUCACCCAGGUAAGGGCACUGGAGGACAAAGAAACUUCUAUCACGCUGUAAGAGUUGAGAAGUUCAGUUAUCCUGGCACUGGGACCAACUACCUGAGUAAUGAAGGUAACAACACCCUGGACCAGAAAGAUCAGUCUCGUAAUUCUGCUCCACCAGUGGAGCAGAUGCAUAUCAGAAAACCAGUUGGCGAUGUGAAUGGACAUCUCGAUGGGCGUUUUAUUAGAGAGCAGGAAGCAACAUAUAGGAUCAGGGAUUUUAUGCACACUUCUGGAAAAUCAAAUGGCCAGAGAAUAGAUGACCAACGGAGGAGCACUCCAUAUUUUGAAUACCAGCCAGUUGAUCCUUACAGGAAGCAAAGCGAUACAUACCACAGGUCGAACUCGAACACCGAUCAAGAACCACAACGUCACCAUGCUUCCAGGCAGAGCUACAAGGAACAUCAUCAUACUCAAACAAGAAACCAUCGACGCUUCAUUCGCGGAGCUACUACUGCCCAUGUUGAUUCUAACAAUGGUGAAGAAUGAAACAUGCUAUACAGGUGCUCACACGGCCACUUUGCUUGUUACCAACUGAUUAGGCAUUAAAACUCCACCGAUAAUACUUCACAGCAUUACGAGGGAAGCUUUUGUAGUUGUAGUGGAAGUUUCACUCUGUUAUUUUCCUUAUCUGCAUGUUGAGGCAUAGUACGAUCCUACCGAAAAGAGUUCAUGGAUUUGGAGCAUGUGGGUUGGUCCCAUUACAUGUACAUCCUCUGUCCGCCAUCAAGAACGGGUUUUGCCGCCGAUUUUCCUACUAGUUAAUGCUGCUUCAAAUAUGGUUUGAGGUAAGAAGUGUUUGUUUCCACGAGUUGAAAUCGCAAUUUGUUACACGAGACAUGUUGUUAAUUAGUGUUUCUCCUCACUGUCUGCCCUACGUGGAACUUUGUACAGAUAUUUGCUUUGUGUUCCAUGUCGACUCAUUUUCCCCUCUUCAACUUUUUAAAUUUUUUGGGGGUACUGAUUUCUA